CCCCGGCCCUCGCGUGCCGCCGCGUCGGCAUCCGGCGGCCGCGAGGCGACUCCGCAUCGGGAGAAUCACUAUCCCAAAACCACUGACGCGCGGGACGACGCAACACGCGCCCCCACCCCUGCCGUCUGACCGCCGAACCACCACGAGGCACGGACGUGGACGUCGCCAGCGGUGGCACGCCACGCCUCCGCAACAACCAGCCCCACUCCCACUCCCACUCCCACGCGGCCUCUCGACCCCCCUCCUCCUCCCCACUCCCACGAGCACCCACCCACCGGAGCAGCAGCGGAGACGAGCUAGCAAGGCGGCGGCAGAUGGCGGAGGGGGAGGUGAGGAGGGACAUGUGGGGGCAGGAGUACCGCACGGCCUCCGCCGACUGCGCGGCGGCGCUGGACGACUACUACGCGCAGACCAUGUCCUUCGGCCGCGGCCGGGGCCGCGCCGUGCUCCGCGCGGCCGCCGCCGACCCCGCCUGCGCACUCGCCGCGCUGCACGCCGCGCACUUCGUCGGCCCGCGCGACCGCGCCGGGGCCGCCGCCUUCCUCGCCGCCGCCGCCGACAGCCUCGGCAAGGCGACGGAGUACGAGCGGGCGGUGUUCCGCGCGCUCUCGGCGCUCCUCGGCGAGGACAGGGACACGGAGGUGGCCAUCGACCGGCAUUUCCAGCUGCUCAAGGAGUUCCCCAGGGAUCUCAUGUCCCUCAAGAGAGCGCAGCUCCUCUGCUUCUACGUCGGACGGCCGGACACAUCCCUCAAAUUUGUUCAACAAGUUUUGCCGGAGAACCAAGAUCGGAACUAUAUAUACGGCAUGCUCGCUUUCCCUUUGCUAGAGCUCGGAAGGAUGGACGAAGCUGAGAUAGCUGCUCGGAAAGGCUUGGCUAUAAACAAGAACGACUUCUGGUCACAGCAUAAUAUGUGCCAUGUUUUCCAGCAGGAAUGUCGCUUCAGAGAAGCCACUGAAUUCAUGGAAUCAUGUUCUCCAUCAUGGACAUCAUGCUCAUCAUUUAUGUUUACCCACAACUGGUGGCAUGUGGCAGUCUGUUACUUGGAAGCCGAAGCCCCUAUUAGUAAAGUUAUGGAGGUAUAUGAUCAAAACAUCAUGAAGGAACUCGAUAGAAGUGAUUGUGAGCCAGCGGAGGUGUACGUGAAUGCUCUUGGUUUGCUACUCCGUUUAUAUGUGCGUGGUGAAAUAGGUCCAGCCAAAGAGAAGCUAACACCAUUGCUAGAUGAACUUAAGAAUGAGUCCAUUUGGCAUGCGGAAUGGCUCCUCGAUUUACUUAUAUUAUGGGCAUUAUCAAGUAUGAAUGAAAUUAAAGCAGCAGAAAAUCUGCUGGACUCACUACGCUCAAGAGUCUCUUCAAUGGACACGAAGAGACAGCAAGUGAUGCACAAGGCAAUUCAGCUAGCCGAUGCUGUUUAUAAAUAUGGAAAAGGAGAGCACAAGGCGGUGUUUGACACCCUGGGUCCAGACUUCGAUGGGCUUAGCUAUAAAAUGAUUGGCGCAUCAGAUGAACAAGUGGACGUCUUCAAUGAAGUUUGGUACACUGUCUUAAUAAAUGCUGGAGAGACGUCUACAGCAAUUGAGCUGCUCGUCAAACAAAUCAGCAAACGACAGGGCGCGCCUUUCCUGUGGCGCUUGCUGGAGAAAGCAUACGCAGUGGAGGGCAGAGGCGCGGAUGCUUCAGUGGCUGCCGAGAAGGCAAAUGCUCUACAAGCUGCUCAGUUUCAUUAGCGUCUAGUUCCGGCUCGUUCGCGGAAAGGUUACAUGUACUGUUGAUGUAUGUAUGGGUGUAACUAUUUUUGCUGGUACGCACAAUGGAAAUUUCAUCUAAUAAAUCAUAGUGGAGGACAGUGCUUUGCACAACUCCCUCUGUUGCAACAAA